AUGUUGGAGUAUCAGCCUGCUGCUGACACUAGUUGGUAUUGGAAGAAAAUUUGUGAGAUGAAGCAAUCUUUGAGCAGUGUGUAUGAUAUGAGGAUGAUUGGGCAGGAUCCUUAUAAAAUAAGUAAAACUUAUGCUCUUAUGAAACCUACUCGGGAAAGAGAUAGAUGGAGUAACUUUGUCCGGGAAAUAUGGGCUAUUCCAAAGCACCAAUUCAUUUCUUGGUUGGCUGUGCAGGGAAGAUUGGCAACAAGGGAUAGACUGCUCAAGUUUGGGGCUAAUACCAAGACUGAGUGCUUACUCUGUGGUGAUCAUGCAGAGAUUCAUGAACAUAUGUUCUUUCAAUGCAGUUACAACAAAAGAUUUCUGCAGGAUGUGGCUUCUGUUCUGACUGGUAAAGAGUUUUGUCAGACUUUAAGAGCAGCUAGAAGAAGGGAUAAAGCAGGCAAGACCAGAUUCCAGAAAGGAAUUAUCAGGAUGGGAUUGCUAGUAAUGAUUUACUGGAUUUGGAAGGCAAGAAAUACAACUCUUUGGGAUCUUAAGAUUUCCUGUAUUCUUGUUAUUGUAAAUACUAUAAAGUUUGCUAUUAGAACUAGGCUGUUAGGUCUUAGUUCUAAGUACUUAAAAAUUUCUAAUAGGGAUUUUAUAGAGAAGCUUGUAUAG